GACAGGGUUGAGCUGUGGGCAGGAUGACGUUUUUUGCAGUCGUUAAGCAGCGCACUAGUGGAAUAUUUAGGAGGCACAUGCAGAUAUAUCCCGAUACCGACCUACAAACAGAAAUCAUGACAAAUAUAGUAAGAUGUAUGCACCACAAAGAUGGAUGCAAAUGGACUGAUACACUACAGAACUUACAGACUCACUUAGACAUGUGCCGCUAUAAUGCUAUACCCUGCCCCAACCAGUGCGCUGCUAGACUGUCUCGGAUUGUUGUGGACGACCAUCUUGAAUUCACGUGUCCGCGACGUAAAGUAACAUGUGACAUAUGUGGACAGGAAUUCACGGGCGAAUAUAUGGAGGAUAGCCAUUCAGGGAACUGCCCAGUCGAGAUCGUCUGGUGCGAGAACAAAUGUGGUGCCAAGUUACAGAGGCGUUACCUUAACAACCACAUGCGCAACGAAUGCCACAAACGUCUUGUACCUUGCCGAUUCUGUAACAAACAAUUUGUCUUUGAGACAUUACAGUCACAUUCCUACAACUGUCCCAGGUUUCCCAUACCUUGCCCAAAUAGAUGUGAUCCAGCUAAGAUCCCAAGAGAAGACAUUGAAAAACACAUUGAGAAUCAAUGUCCUUCUGCAACAGUCCCAUGUAGCUUUGCGCAGGCAGGCUGCAAACAUAAGUGUCCACGAUAUAGUUUGGACCAGCACCUGGAUGCAAACACCAAAUACCAUCUUAACCUCAUGCAGGAUCUAGUCGCAACUCAAGACAACCAACUUGAAAGUCUCCGCAAUAAAAUCACAGACUUAACGUGUAUCACAGACGGUAUUCUUACAUGGAAAAUGGACGAUUAUAAAAAUAUGUUCGCGACUACAAAAGCGAAAACCAGUCAUGAGAUUUGUAGCGAGUCGUUUUAUACCAGCCGUUACGGUUAUAAACUUGGAGCGACGGUUUUCUUGAAUGGGAACGGCUCUGGGGAGGACAAAUAUCUCUCAUUGUAUAUUCGGCUGUUACCUGGGGAGUAUGACAACUUACUGGAAUGGCCAUUCAGAUUGCCGAUCACUUUCACCUUGUUUGACCAGAAUGAACACUUUGAGAAGCGAGUCAACAUCCGAGAAAGUUUCCUGCCGGAUAUCUCGUGGAAACAUUUCCAGAAACCUGAAAAAGACAGUGAUGCGCUCGGGUUUGGGUAUCCAAAGUUUAUUUCGCAUGUUAUGUUAAACACACGCAACUAUAUCAAGGAUGAUGCGCUGUUUAUUCAAAUCAAAGUUGACACGUCAAAAGUGAUACCAAUGUAAACAAUACAACUAUGUGGUCAGAUUUUUCCUUGCAAACUUAAAAUGGAAAUAAUUGAGUUUAUUUAAAAUGUUUCAAAAAUUAGCAAAAUAUUUUCUGUAUAAAACGCACGUCAAGAGCCAAAACAAUUGGGUUCUGAAAAAAAAAACUUGAAAGUCUCGUCACACUUUGACAUUGCACCUUCAGAGCUGAUGUUCUUGCACUUCUAUAGCCUAAAUGCAUAGAUUUCACCCUUGUUCACUUUUAUUCCUUGUAAAUUCCUCUCUUUUCCUCUGCUUUUGUGAGAAAAAGAAUGAUCACCCCUGUUGAACCUCAUUAUGUGCCAAUAUGUAACUUAAUCUCAGCAUUAGUAUAUUUUGUAUUAAGUAACACUAAAUACUCUGCAAAUGUAUAUACACGGUAUCCUGUAUUCUGUACAUGUAUAAUAUGUACUGAAUGUACUUUCAAAAUGUACAUCAUGUACAUAUACAUACUGUACUCUCCAAAUGUACAUACUGUACUCUACAUGUACUCUCUACAGGUGCAUACUGUAUUUUGUACACUUACAUUCUGUACUCUGAACAUGUUUGUCCCUUAUUUAGUACAAGUAUUUUCUGUAUAUGUAUAUCAUGUAGACAUGUAUUCUGUACUAGUACACUGUACAUAUAUUUUCUGUGUGUGUAUAUCUUGUUUCAAUUUAUAUUUGUAUAUUAUUACUUAAUAUUAUGUAUGAUUGUGUCUCAUGAGUGAAUGUGUCUGUGUCUCAUGAGUGAAUGUGUCUGUGUCCUGUUAAGUAACUGUUAAGUUGCUGAUUAUUUAAAGAU